AUGAGAUUGCUAUUUAGUUUUCUAUGUGUGCUGCUUGCGGCAGGGCAGAUGGCAGUGUGCAUAUGCAUGUCAUACAAUGAGAUGCUGGCGUGCCUGAGCAGGCCUGUGGGCCGCGUGCGUGGGGAGGACGUGUAUGUGUGCCCGGGGUGGGUGGGGCACCCGGUGUGUGUAGCAAAGCUAGGAUGGCUGGGGUACGUGUACAACAUGCGGGCGUACUCGUGCGGGCUGGCCACGAGCUUCAGUCUAGUGCCGAGGAAAGAAAACGGAAAAGAGGUGCACACGUACACGCGAGAGCCGGAGAAGGACAGGGCGCGCCUUCCGGACAGCAUUGCGAGCGCGGCAGCGUUUGCAGGAGACGAAGGGUACAGCAUGCAGUUCCACCGGGCGCUGGUGCAUAUGUUCGAGCUGCAGAAAGACGGCGAGUCGACAUAUGACCGCCUGGCGGUUGAAACUGGGCGGCCGUGCUCUUUCACAGAGUUCCUCCGGGAGAGCUGCAGAACGCAAAAAGAGGCGCACUGCGUGCUGGCUGCGCUGGUCCUGCUGAGCGAGGGUGUGGACGUGUCGAUUGAGACUUCUGGGAACAGAGUGAUUCUAAAAAAAAGAAAAGACAGCAAUGACGUGCUGGUGGACGCAUAUAUAAGCGUACCAGCCAUGGACAGUGGAGAAAUCCAGCCAUCUGAGGCGUGGCAGGUGGUAAACUUCUUCAAGCGGUACAGAGGCACACACAUGCUGCCGAGCACAUACGAAGAGUUUGAGAAGGGCAACUUUCUGGAGAGCCCGCAGCUUCUGAUCCUGACAUACGUAGGCGAGUACGUAAGAAACGCCGAGGAGCUCAUGUCUGUGAUGGAGUGUGCGUUCAAGCUUGUGAAGGGUAUGGGGCUGGUUGAAAGCUUAGAAGACGCGAACAGCGUGGUCAGCCGGAUGUUUAUGUGUGCAGAGCAGCUUUCCAAAGCCGAGGCGUAUCUGUGCCCGUUUUUGGGCGCGCAGAAAAAGAUGGAGAAGGCGCGGGUCUUUGGAGAGCUUGUGCAUGUGCAGAAGCAUCUAAACGUAUUGAGAUAUAAAAGGGUUGCCAAUGAGUUCAAUUGGGGAGAUCCCAGCAUAAACAGCUUUCCUGAGUCUGAAAUCUGCCCAGAGUACAGCGGGCUCAAAGAGGCAGACAAUUCUGACGAUUCAGACAUGCUGCAGAGCACUAUAAGUGGCCCAGCUAAUCUUGAAUCGUGUGCAAAGUUCGAAGACCCGGCAGGUGCAUUGUGCUUGCUUCUUCUAUGCCUGGCGUACAACCCGAAGAAGAUGGAGUACAACCUUCAAGGCCUGCUGGAGCGCAUUAAGCAGGCAGAGGUGUCGGCGGAGGUUAGAGCGGCAAUUCUGGCGCUGCAGGCCUAUGCAGAAGAGCGCACAUUCUUCGGGACAUUCAACUCAUGCAAUUGGGCAGGGAGAUAUGGUGGUUGUGGGCCGGACAUAAUUGAGCGACUUAAACAAAUUUUGGAGGCAAAAGAAUGGAGCAUUCUAGGCUUGAUGCGCGAGUUUGCCACGAAAACCGGGCAGCCGCAGGCUGUGAUAGAUGGGUUUGUGCUGCCAUCGUGGAGUCUGUCGGAAGCGCGUGACAAUAUCUCAGACGCCGAGGCGCUAAAGCGCAUUAAUUCGGUUGUGCGCCCGCUGGCUGCGCACAAGCAGGUGAAGAUAAAGGGCGUGCACUAUCUAGACAAGUCGAACUGCAACCGCUAUGCGGUCAUAGUCAAGCAUCCGCAUGAGGACAAAAGGUGCAGGCAGGCCUUCAAGGUGGCUUUCAGUGACGGUUACAUUAUGAGCUAUGUGCAGCUGCCAGACCCUUUUCUUUCCAGCGACGUGCUGAAAGAAAUGCGCUGCCUGGCUGCGCUGUACAGACAGGAUGCGCUUUUUUCCAGCUUUGUGUUUGCGGAGUGCGUCGACCGAAUGGUGUUGAUGUGCAACCAGCGCUGGGGCCACAGUCUAGGUGUUGUAUGCUGA